AUGGAGCUCUUUGAGACCAACCCUUACUUUUUCCCGGAGCAGAGGUUUUACGAUGGGGAAAACUUCCUGGGCUCCCGCUUGCAGAGCUAUGAGGCAGCCGCAUUUCCCGAGCGGCCCGAAGUGGCUCUGUGCCCCGAAAGCAGAGGGGCUUUGGAGGAGAAGGACUCAAUGCUACCCGAGCACUGCCCUGGGCAAUGCUUACCGUGGGCUUGCAAAAUCUGCAAGCGCAAAACAGUGUCCAUCGACCGGCGUCGGGCGGCCACGCUGCGGGAGAAGCGGAGGCUGAAGAAGGUGAACGAAGCCUUCGAGGCGCUGAAGCGCAGCACUCUGCUCAACCCCAACCAGAGGCUGCCCAAGGUGGAGAUCCUGCGCAGCGCCAUCCAGUACAUCGAGCGCCUGCAGAGCCUGCUCAGCAGCCUCAACCAGCAGGAGCGCGAGCAGAGGGAGCUGCGCUACCGCCCUGCUGCACCACAACCUGCUGCACCCAGUGAGUGUGGCUCCGGCAGCUCGUCCUGCAGCCCCGAGUGGAGCACACAGCUGGAGUUCAGCACCAACCCUGCAGAUCACCUCCUGAGUGACGAUGCAGCGGAGGACCGCAACCUCCACUCGCUCUCCUCCAUCGUGGAGAGCAUCGCCGUGGAGGACGUGGCCGUGACGUUCCCGGAGGAGCGGGUCCAAAACUGA